GUGGGGACGAAUGAGAAGGCUUGUAACAUGCUGUUGCUUCGCUGAAUUCUAGGCGGUAAAGAAAUAAUUCCUACGCUCUUUCGUUUACUUUAAUUUAUCCUGAAAAUGUCGACGAUUAAACAGCAACAAAACGCGCAUGGAGAUCAUAAGGAGAAGAAAAGGAAAGAAAGUAUUCUUGAUUUAUCUAAAUAUCUUGAAAAAAAUAUCCGAGUCAAAUUUGCCGGAGGGAGAGAGGCAGCAGGUAUUUUGAAAGGUUAUGAUCCUCUCUUGAACUUAGUACUUGACAAUACUACUGAAUAUCUCAGGGAUCCUGAUGAUCCUUACAAAUUAAACCAAGAUACACGUAUGUUGGGUUUAACAGUCUGUAGAGGAACUUCAGUGGUUCUUAUUUGUCCAGUUGAUGGCAUGGAAUCUAUACAAAAUCCAUUUAUACAACAGGAAGGUUAAAUAUUAAUCAAUAUAUAUAUAUAUAUAUACACACCCACACACGCACAUGUAUGUGUUGUG